GCUCGAGCAAAAAUGAAUGCGUGAGGCAGCGUCAGAAACUGCAGGAAAGGAAAUUUACUAUCCUUACCUGGUCUGACCUACAUGUGACUCCAGGCCCACAGCAAUUUGGUUGGCUAUUAACUGCCUUCAGCCCCUUGGGUGGCUUGCGAAGAUCCAUCCAUUGAGGAUGGACAAGAAAUCCUGGCCUAGCCAGUGACACCCACAUCCUAUGAAUGAAUAAAAAAAAGAGUUACUAGAAUUCAUGUGAACAUGUUGAAGAGAAAGAAGCCUCAUAGGAAGCGUACCAAAGCAGAUUCGAGUGACCCAGUCGCCUACAAACAGCGCAGUAUUGUUGGCAGUAAAGUGCAACAUGGUUGGCGGGAGAAGUCUGGAGUAGUAACCCAGUGGAAGGGCACAGUGCUAGACCAGCUGCCAGUUAAUCCCUCACUCUUCUUGGUCAAGUAUGACGAAUUCGACUGUGUGUAUGGGAUUGAACUUUUCAAAGAUGAAAGGGUUUCGGGUCUUGAAAUUCUACCAGAUAAAAGCGGCCGAACAAAAGUAGUGGAUGCUGACCUGGCAGAGCUCAUAGUGGGGAAAGCAGUUGAGCACAUGUUCGAGAAGGAUGAUGGGUCAAAGAACGAAUGGCGAGGGAUGGUGUUGGCUCGUGCACCUGUCAUGACUACGUGGUAUUAUAUCACAUAUGAAAAGGACCCUGUACUGUACAUGUACCAGCUACUGGAGGACUACAAAGAGGGAGAUCUCCGUAUCCUGCCAGAUUCAGAGAACAAGCAAGUUUUGCCAACUGAGCCUGGUGAAGUGAUUGAAAGUCUUGUGGGGAAACAGGUGGAGUAUGUCACAGAGGACAGCACAAAGAGAACGGGAUUGGUGAUCCACCAAGUACAGGCUAAGCCAUCCGUCUAUUUCAUCAAGUUCGAUGACGAUUUUCACAUUUAUGUGUAUGACUUGGUCAAAACUUCCUAGCUGCAUGCAACGCUUGCCAUUGCCUUCACUAAGAGAUUUUUACUGUGAACUGUGAACAGAUCACUGAAGAGACUUGUGUUCUUUAUGUUAGCCCUCCAUGUGUUUAUUUUCAAGGACUUACGAAAGGUGAAAUUUUAACCCAUCUCCCUUUUUGAUAUUCCUGGCAGUUGGAAAAGCAUUGUGUUAUCGUGCCUCCCGUAGUAAUCAUUGUGUGUAUGUGAUUGUGUGUGCUCGCGCAUGUGUGGGGCCAUCCCUCGGAAUGAGGUUGAUGUUUGCUCAUGGCAAGAACCUGCAUAAGGAGUCUUUUAACAUGGGGAGGCUAUUGCGUUGCAUCUGUUGCCCUGUGCUGAAUGACGGAAACUUGCCAGUCUUAACCCAGGCAUUUUGGAAGGAUUGACAGAGCGAUAAUCAACCUGUUUUAGCUGUGAUGGGAAUGUUCCUUCCGUGGCCAUCAAGUCCUGGAGUGGGACUUGAACCCGGAACUUCUGGUGCAGAGUUAAGGAUGCUACCCACUGCACCACAAGACCACCUACCGAUCAAUACAACUUGCAUGAUUAUGACAGAACUGCGGGUGUCGGAAAUCUGAAACAAAAACAGAAAUUGUUGGAGAAACUCAGCAGAGUUGGCAGCAUCUGUGGAGAGAGAAACAGUUAACGUUUGGGUCCAGUGACCCUUCUUCAGAACUCCGCAUUUUUCUGUUUUUGUUGUAUGAUUGUAACAAUGACUGAGACAAAGGCAAGCCUUUCACUGUAGAGUUUUCUGGCCCCGUCGCAUUCAUACACCUUUGUGCAAAUUAUUCUCCACUGAGAUCUUCUUAGACAAGAAGCCUCUUGACUCAACUGAGUAAAUGUGACUCCUGCUGCUUUGGGCUUGCAGAAAGCACAUCCCCAGUAGCUGAGUGCAAGGAGAUUUCCCACUGAAAAUGAUGCAUGUUAUUAAUAAUGGUGGUGAUGGAGGUGGGAGAUGGAUGGUGGUGCCUGAAAAAACUUGACUAAAUUAGGCAGCAGAAUCCUGCUUCAAAUGUGCUUUGAAAAGGUGCUAAAUUAUUUAAUGGAUUUGUGUUUGGUUUUAAUGUGAGCUUACCUAAGAUUUGAUGCUGUUCAUUUACUGAAUUAUGGAAAAUAAGUUGAUUUAAAGUAAAACGCUUGGGAAAGGAAUUCUGAGGAUAUUUUUGGUAACUAUUUUGUGACAGCAAUUUCUGAUUUGCCUUCAACUUUGGCACAAUCCACACUGCCAGUGGAGAGAGUGUGCAAGACAUCCGCCUGUUGUGAAGCACUUUUUCUGUGAGUAGCAUGGACCACACGUAGAGAAGGCCGUGUGUGCGUAUGUGUACAUGUGUAUCAUGCCUACCAUAUUCAGGCUAGCAGAAAGAAUAUCGUCUCUUUGUUGUGCAACUUCUGCAAAUCUCAUCAGAUAUCACAUCUUGUUUUUUUUUAUUUUGUGUCUUUGGCUUUGUUUUACAAAAGUAAAGGCAAAUAACGAAGUAGAA